AUGCUCCUGCCCAACGUGAACGACGAGGAGGACAGCCUCCGCCUCCCCCGUCCUCCUUCCCCUCGCAUCCGAAUCACUGAAUCGCCCCACGGCUCUUCCAUCCCCUACCAGGAGCCCUGGAUCGAGUCAGUGGGGAGCAGUAUGAGUUCGGCCCUCCCUCCUCCUCCUUCCCGGCACCUCUGGGAUGGCGACACGAGCUCGCAUGCAUCGGCCGAGCAUGUCACGUCGGAGAUGCUGGACCAGUUGGUGGAGCGGAAGAUCAAGCAGCUGGCCCCUUCUGAUGGAGGAGGCUCCAGCGCUGCUCUUCCUCCUCUCCCUCCGCCAGCUCCUGCUCCUGCUAACGCCCAUCGUGGGCAGCCCGACGACCAGCACGCCGACAAGUCCUCUAGGCCCUCUCCUAUCCCUCCCGCCAAUGUCGCUGGAGGGCCGAGGAAAGUCGCUGCCGUGAACGGCGACAAGUCAAAGUCAAGACCUCAGCAGUCGUUGUCAGGUCAGUUCAGGCAGGUCGCAGCCGCGAGUUUGACGCGAAUGGCAGCACUCUCUCCUCCCCCAGCUCUGGACGGACUGAUACCCGAGCAGAUGAUGUGGGGAUGA